CAUAUUUAAAUGGGACUGAACAGUGAACUUCACUUUGUUCUAGCGACACAGUGAAACAAGUCUAUUCAUCUGACCACAUACCAAAGACCUUUUGAACUGCUCUGAAGUUAACCACUAUCAGCAACAUGUUCUGUGGAGACUAUGUGCAGGGAACCAUCUUCCCGGCUCCCAAUUUCAACCCCAUGAUGGACGCCCAAAUGCUGGGGGGAGCACUCCAGGGAUUUGGCUGUGACAAGGACCUGCUGAUCGACAUCCUGAGCCAGCGCUGCAACGCCCAGAGGCUGGUGAUCGCCGAGGCCUACCUGAGCACCUUUGGCCGGGACCUGGUUAGUGACCUGAAGGAGAAGCUUUCCGAUCACUUCAAGGAGGUCAUGGUGGGCCUCAUGUACCCACCGCCCUCCUACGAUGCCCACGAGCUCUGGCACGCCAUGAAGGGAGCAGGCACUGAUGAGAAUUGCCUCAUUGAUAUAUUAGCUUCAAGAACAAACGGAGAAAUUUUCCAGAUGCGAGAAGCCUACUAUUUGCAAUACAGCCGCGACCUGCAGGAGGACAUUUACUCAGAGACCUCGGGACACUUCAGAGAUACGCUGGUAAACUUGGUCCAGGGAACCAGGGAAGAAGGGUACACGGACCCUGCCACGGCCGCCCAGGACGCCAUGGUGCUGUGGGAGACCUGCCAGCAGAGGACAGGGGAGCACAAAACGCUGUUGCAAAUGAUCCUGUGUAACAAGAGCUACCAGCAGCUGUGGCUGGUUUUCCAGGAAUUUCAAACUAUUUCUGGGCAAGACAUAGUAGAUGCCAUUAAUGAGUGUUAUCAUGGAUCCUUUCAAGAGCUGCUAGUUGCAAUUGUUCUCUGUGUUCGAGACAAACCAGCCUAUUUUGCUUACAGAUUAUAUAGUGCAAUCCAUGACUUUGGUUUCCAUAAUAAAACCGUGAUCAGGAUUCUAAUUGCCAGAAGUGAAAUAGACCUGAUGACCAUAAGGAAACGAUACAAAGAGAGAUAUGGGAAGUCCCUCUUCCAUGAUAUCAAACAUUUCGCUUCAGGGCAUUACGAGAAGGCUCUGCUUGCCAUCUGUGCCGGUGAUGCUGACGAUUACUAA